UAGUUUGCAGAAGGCCCUGAAGCAUUGCAGGCGAGACAGGGGCACAGCGAGGGAGAGAGAAGAGGAACAUCUGGGGUGAAGCUCCAGCCUUUCUUGUUUAGCCACACCCACACCCACAGGCGCAUUGCUCAGCGCUGCUGCGCUCCUUUACCUGCCGACUGGAACCAGAUCUGCGGGUUGAAGGAACAAAACGAUCUCAGAGCAACGAGAAAUCAUCGGGGUGUACACAGGCACCGGAAUCCGUCUGGAACCAUUAUGGUUUAAAGCUUCUUUGGUCUGAAGAUAAACUACUAGCAGUGAUUCCAGAGACGAGAUAUCUAACUGUCAGACAAGAACAUGGAUUGGAAGACCUUUCAAGCCCUCCUCAGUGGCGUGAACAAAUACUCCACAGCGUUUGGGCGGGUUUGGCUGUCAGUGGUGUUUGUGUUCAGGGUGAUGGUGUACGUGGUGGCAGCGGAGCGAGUGUGGGGUGAUGAGCAGAAAGACUUUGACUGCAACACCAAGCAGCCCGGCUGUUCCAACGUCUGCUACGACCACUUCUUCCCCAUCUCCCACAUCCGCCUGUGGGCCCUGCAGCUUAUCUUUGUCACCUGCCCAUCAUUCAUGGUGGUCAUGCAUGUGGCAUAUCGUGAGGACCGUGAGCGCAAGUACAGGGCCAAGUUUGGCGAGGACCGCAAGCUGUACAACAACACGGGGAAGAAACACGGCGGCCUGUGGUGGACCUACCUGAUCAGCCUCUUUGUCAAGACAGGCAUUGAGAUCUCCUUCCUCUACAUCCUCCACCGAGUCUACGACAGCUUCUACCUGCCAAGGCUGGUCAAGUGCACAGUGUCGCCUUGCCCCAACAUAGUGGACUGCUACAUCGGCCACCCCACUGAGAAGAAGGUCUUCACAUAUUUCAUGGUUGGAGCUUCGGCUCUCUGCAUUGUCCUGAAUAUCUGUGAGAUCAUUUAUCUCAUCGCCAAGCGCUUUGUAAGGUGCGCAAACAAGGUCAAAAGGCACAACCGCAACAUGGCCGUCCAAAGUAAUGACUUUGAGGACCCCUUUAACAACUGCAACCAUGCUGGGUUGCAGGAGCUGAAGGAAAAGCCUCCAGCCUUCAGACCAUGCAAGUCUCCAUACAGAUCGUGUGCACUCAGACUUGAGGAGAAGAUACGAGCCUCUGCUCCUAACCUCUCCGUUUCAUGAUCAGAGCUGAAACCAGGCCAAAGAGCAAGAGCUCUGCAGAGCUUAGGCUACAACCCAGUGACAGUGAAAAAAAUAACAGACUCAGAACAAUGAGCCAAACUACAGCUUGUGCCAGAAAGCGGAAGUUGAGUCAUGAGUACUGGAUCCAUCCUGUGGGCCCUUGUGUCCACAUGUAAGACUUAAAGAGCACAUGAACUUUUGUUUUCAAAUCAACUCCCACAAUAUUUACAAGUCAGCUCGAGACAGGAAUGAUCUGAUAGUAAUGUGGUUUGAAUUUUUUGAAUAAAUGUUUACUCUGUCUUUGGAGUUUUGACACAGGAGGGGAUGCAAAAAUUCUCACAUGGAAGGAGGACACACCUUGGAGAGGUAUUUGCCCUCCCUGCCAGUGUGCACAGUGGUGUGUCAGAGCACGCUAUUGUUGCAGUGUGUUUGCCAUCUUGUUGUGCUUCAGUGACCCUUUUUUAUUUAACUUCAACUGAUUUCUCACAGUUUUGCAGUAAACAGUUGUUUGGUGGAGUGUGGAGGUUCCAGAGGUCAUACUUAGCUUUGAGUGAUACUUGAAGUUUUGUAAGCUGGCUUAAAAAAAAAAAGGUUUCUGUUGCAUCUAUUUCUCCAAAAAGCUUCACGAUGGUAACAAAAAUGUGUAAAUUACAUUGUUGUGAGUGAAUCCUCGGUGGACAUGUUGCUUGGUCUCAGGUUUAAUGUUGUAGACGUGCUGUGUUUGGACGUUCUUGUACACAAGGCCUCCUGAUCCAAGACCACUGUUGAUCUUCAAAAAGGCGAAAGGAAUGCUGCUGUUUAACUCAGUGCUGGCAGAGCUGGGACACUGUGGAGCGACCACAAGGACGGUGACACACAGACGGCGCUUUGAACUGUAUUUAAGUAUUUUUAUGAGUCACUCGUCGUCCUGGAAAUGUAUUUCCUGUCCUUGUUAAUAUUUCACUUUUAUAAAUGUAAAGAUAUAAAAUAUCCUGAAUAUG